AUGCGGCGCGCCUUCUUGUUGCUACCACUGGCGGUCGCCUUGGCCGGACGCUGCACGGCCCUUGCUAACCGCGUGAUCACGAACGACCUGGGCGGUCACCGCAAUCUGAAGGACCACGAGAAUGACAUCGAAACUGAAGCUGCAACUGAAGAACGGCUGAAUAUCCCAGGGCUCAAAUCUCUCAAGCCCCUCUUCCAAAAUAACCCGACCGCGGCCAAAGCUCUCGAGAAGAACCCCACCGCGCUUAAGACGCUACAGGAUAAUCCUGCGCUCGGAAAGCAGGUCGAGGCGCAGGUCAGCCAACCUGGUGCCAUCAAGAAGCUGCGAUCCAACCCUCGCGUCGACAAGCUCGCGAGUAGUUUGGCGAAACAAGCUGUCCAGAAGAACAUGGCGAACGAAGCCUUGACGCCCAGCCAGCAGAAACUUUACAACAAUUUUGCUUGGGCGGUUGCAGUCGUCGUCGCAGCAACCGUCUUCGGCGUCUCAAUGGUACUGCGUGGUCGUUCAUGUUCAGAAUAA